AUGGCGCUGCUGGGCGCGCUUGUCUGCUGCCUGUUGGUCGUCUGGCAUUGCCUUCCCGGGCUCGGACUGCCCCUGGCACCGGGUGGCAGCCCGAGUCCCGCUCCGGCGGUGGGACAGUUUUGGCACGUGACUGACUUGCACUUAGACCCUACUUACCACAUCACAGAUGACCACACAAAAGUGUGUGCUUCAUCUAAAGGCGCCAAUGCCUCCAAUCCUGGCCCUUUUGGAGAUGUUCUGUGUGAUUCUCCGUAUCACCUUAUUUUGUCAGCAUUUGAUUUUAUUAAAAAUUCAGGACAAGAAGCAUCUUUCAUGAUAUGGACAGGGGAUAGCCCACCUCACGUUCCAGUGUAUGAACUCUCAACAGAUAAAGUCAUAGAUGUGAUUGCUAAUAUGACAACCACCAUCCGGACUGUCUUUCCAAAUCUCCAGGUGUUCCCUGCACUGGGUAAUCAUGACUAUUGGCCACAGGAUCAAUUACCUGUAGUCACCAGCAAGGUGUACAAUGCAGUAGCGGACCUGUGGAAACCCUGGUUAGAUGAAGAAGCACUUCGUACUUUAAGGAAAGGUGGCUUUUAUACACAGAAAGUAUCACCUAACCUGAACCUUAGGAUCAUCAGUCUAAACACAAACUUGUACUACGGCCCAAAUAUCAUGACUCUGAAUGAAACGGACCCAGCAAAUCAGUUUGAAUGGCUAGAGAGUAUACUGAGCACUUCUCAGCAAAAUAAAGAGAAGGUGUACAUCAUAGCACAUAUUCCAGUGGGCUAUCUGCCCUAUUCAAGCAGCACCACAGCAAUGAGAGAAUUCCAUAAUGAGAAAUUGAUAAAUAUUUUUAGAAAAUACAGCAGUGUCAUUGUAGGACAAUUUUAUGGACACACUCACAGAGAUAGCAUGAUGGUUCUUUCUGAUGAAAAAGGAAGUCCAAUAAAUUCCUUGUUUGUGGCUCCUGCUGUUACCCCAGUCAAGAGUGUUUUGCAAAAACAGACCAACAAUCCCGGCAUCAGACUAUUUCAGUAUGAUCCUCAUGAUUAUAAAUUAUUGGAUAUGUUGCAGUAUUAUUUGAACCUGACAGAUGCAAAUCUGAAGGGAGAAUCUGAUUGGAAGCUGGAAUAUGUGCUGACUCAGACCUACAGCAUUGAAGAUUUGCAGCCAAAAAGUUUGUAUGGAUUAGCUAAACAAUUUGCAGUCCCAGGCAAUGAGCAGUUUCUAAAAUACUAUAAUUACUUCUUUGUGAGUUAUGACAGCAGUGUAAUUUGUGAUGGGAAAUGUAAGGCCUAUCAAAUUUGUGCAAUUUUGAGUCUUGAUCAUAGUUCCUAUAUAGAUUGCCUCAAACAACAUUAUAUUAAGUACCAUUCCUAAUAUUUCAUUGUUUGUGUUCAUAGAAAAUGUAACAUUGUUCUGUUUCUGAGAGCAGUGUGUGGGAAUUGUUACAUAAUUCUGUGUGUGUUACUGAGUGGGCAAGCAGAAUUCCUACUUUUGCUUUCUUUUUUAUAAUGCUCAAAUGUUGAUAUUUGUAACAUUCUAAAUUUUUAUUAUAUCUAAUGUAAUUGAACUGCCCAUUUCUAGAAUGCUGUCUGGACGCGAAUACCUUUUCUUCCAGUUUAUAUAUCUAAUUUAAGCUCUUGUACACUUCUGAAAUGGUCAUUUAUACAAUAAAACAAAUGAUUUCUCCUCAA